AUGCUAUCACUUCGAUUGCAACGAGCGCGUGUCGAGUUGCAGUCGCAUCGGCUAUGGCUCAAGACUUUUGUUAAUGGCAGUUACCACAACACCUGGUCCUUCGAUGUCCCACCCACGCGACCAUUCUCGACGAGUCGCCGCUAUGGCGAGCAGAACUCGAAACAUGCGCAAGUACGCCAGAUCGUUGGCAAGAACCCUCGAACAGCGUGGCAGAAACGGGAGAGGCAGAAAGCAGACAGCAAACAGACGAUCAAUCUCCCAGCUUUGUCUACACGCGUGGAUCUGAUGACAGCUAUACUGAUCGGCGACAUCAGGACUGCCAUUGCACUGUACCAUAGUCUGUCAGGGAAGAAGCCUCUGAAACCAGACGACUUCCGCGCCAUCGCUCAAUUGGUCCACCAAUGUGUCCGUGUGGAGAAUCAGAAACCGUUCAAGGCCAGGAAGCGUGAGGACAAGGAAGAAUUGGUCACCUUCUCCGUGCGGCUCGUGGAAGACCUGCGGCAUGGCAACCUGCUGCCCAACAACCAGGCGCAUGUCCAUUUGUUGGCUAUCUUCAAGGAGUCGGGAACAGGUGAUGCAGGCGUAAGGUUUUGGCGGUGGCUACAGGAGCAGGACGAAGAGUAUGUCAGUACAAACACCUACGCCGCAGCCAUCGAUCUCCUCGCCGUCAAUGGGACAUCUCUGGACGAGCUUGAAGAACUAUACCAGACUGCAUUGGCUCGCUUUCCUGGCAACUUUCAUGCCUACCACUUGUCGCCGGAAGCUAUCCUGCCAGAUCGUGAGCAGCCAGUCGUGCUUGGUCAGCUACCACUCUCGCUGCUUCGGUCUAUCGCGCAGGCACGACUACUGCAAGGGAAAGCUAACAAGGCAUACCUGGCGCUCGAUUCUGCAUUUAGGCUCUUCCCGACCUCAGUACCGCCACGUUUCCUCGCUGCCUUCAACGAUGAGCGACCGGUUUCGGAGUCGUAUACCGUCUUCGCAAUGGCAUGUCGCGCAGGCAUACAACUUCCCACUUCGCAUUAUAAGGGACUUCUGGCCAAACUACGAACGAGCUCAGACAUGACUUCCCUCUCAGGACAUAUGGCCACACUUCGAACCAUGCUUGCGGUGACUUACUUCCACCUUGGUGCCAACGGAAAGGUACCAGACAAUUCUGCCAACGAAGUCAUCAUCGCUGCGACCCAGCUUUUGCGCUUACCAGGUGUCUCUACUCUUGAAUCCAAGCAGCGAAGACGUGUUGUCGACGCUGUGCUUGAAGCCGUGCGCAAGAUGCUCGAAGUGUUCGCCCAGUACGGCGCACUACCUGCUGUCAGCGUCUUCAACUCUAUCAUCACGAAUGUCGCAGGAUAUGGGCGAGCAAGAGAGACGAUCGGCAUCGCGCUGGCGGAUAUGGAUGCGCUAAGUCUGGAGCCAAACGAGAUUACGAGACGAUCCAUCAUGGCCGCGGCUGGUCUGCUUGGUGACAAAGACCUUGUUCUGAAGACAUGGAAGGAGAUUCUCGAUGCUAGAGGGAAGGAGAACAUCUCUCCUGACGGGCUUGACUUCCAUGUCUUGAUCAAAGCCGCUCGUUUCACUGAACAGGACGAUUUCGCCAAAGGCGAGUAUGCGAGACUUCAAGAACAGGUACACUUCAAACAUCACAAAGGCAUCGAGGCAGCUUUUGACAAACCUCUGGACGAGGCGCCUGGUGGAUUUAUCACUGCAGAGGAGGUACAAGACAGCGUGCAAAGCGUGCUCGCAGAUGUCGCUUUUAUCGAGGAGAAGACGAAGGAUCGUCCAGUAGUGCAAGACUUCAGCAGCCAGGACCUGCCCAUGACGCUUCUCCAGCCCGAAGAGCUGAGGAUCCCUGAUCGCGACAUGCGCGAGAUCUACGACAAUAUGACCACCGAGCAGGGUUCAGCCCCUACCAGCACCCCUCUCGAUGCCGGACCCCCUGCGGAUGAGGCUGCGGUAGCCACAAGUGAUACUGGCAUCUCGUUCGGCGAGCUGCGGUAUGAGAAUUGGAAAACCAUGAACUACUUGCUUUGGCUCGCGGAGAAGCAUGACCGAGACUAUGAUGAAGCUGUCGAUAAAGCCAUUGCUCGUGGAGUGCGACCACCAAAGCGCGACAUGAGUAUCACGAGAGAGGAGGUCGAAGGCAUGAAGUCUUUUGGUUUGAGCGCUUCUCGUGCUUCGCACAGUAAAGCUAAGUCCAAGGAUGUUGAGGAAGCGAGGAAGGAGAUUGCUCGACUUCGGACGUUUACAUAA